AGCACACUUCACAUUUCGGGUUUUGUCGAAGUGGUAAAUCCCCAAAUCUUGGCAAAUAAGAGUCACGAGUGCUGGAUUCUGAUCCUGACUUUCAAUUCCUGGCACUUUCCCCUCUGUCUUACUGUAUGACUUAUUGUUUUAUUGACAAACUAAUAUUGAAUGCUAUUCAAACCAGGAUUACAGUAUUACAUAUUCCUAAUUAACACUUUUUAAUCUUAAAUUCUUUCCAAUUUAGCAUCCGUUCAUCGUUGACCCCUAUACCACAGCCCAUUUCAACUCUCAAUUCUGAUUGGACAGGUUCAUUUUCUAUAACAGCAGCUCUGACAGUUUUGGCAAGUCACAUGUUUACAGUAUAUUAAUGCACUCGUUUUAAUACUUCAUCUUUUCUAUAGUAACAGCUAAUUUAUAGGAACUUGUUAUUUAACAAAGAAAACAUACCUGAAAAGUUGGAAUUGUUUUUCUGUUGGAAGAUAUUUCUUUAAGAUUAAUGGAAGGAGUCUCCAGUGUCGGAGAUUCACAACAGUAUGUUUUCAGGACAUGACUUUAUUUGCUUUUUGUGCUUUAUGGUUUCUCAGUAUUGUGGUGUGCUACAUUUUGUGCAGGUGAGGGAACCACUGUUUACAGUUACUUGGAGCCUAACGGGAACUAGCUUGUUUCCUGGAUAUUCCACAACAAUGAAUGGUACAAGAGGAAUGGAACACUUCGGGAGAUGGUGUUAUAUGGAAAUAAUCAACUUGGAUCAAAUCAGAAUGCAGAGCAACUCCAGAAAAGCAAGUCCAAACCCAGAUUCAUACGAUACCAGUCAUGGAACACAAAAAUGUACCCAGUGUGGAAGAAAGGAGACCCGUUGUACAGGAGCAGCUGGACAGGCGGAGAGGUGAAAUUUGAUGUCUGUAACGAUGCACCAACUCUCACUGGCGCUAAAGUCACCUUCACUAUUGACAUAAUCUUCCCAGACAACCAGGUGGCACUACCUAAUGGAGAAGUUGUUUGGGGGGAAAACUGCUUUGUAAAUGGUACCCAACGUUAUGAGGGUGAGCCCGUCUACCCUCAGGAAUCCAUUGAUGAGCAGGAUGCUGUUUUUCCUGAUGGCUCUCCGCUUAACAAGCAUGGAGACCAAAAAUCACUUUAUGUAUUUGUGUGGAAAACCUGUGGAAGGUACUGGCAGGUAUGUGAUGGUCCGUCAUCCUCUCUGACCAUCAGCACUGAAGACAUCCCUCUCGGCUCCUAUGUAAUGGAUGUGGUUAUUUAUCACUACAGAAAGAGAGAGAAAUUCAUCCCAAUUGGCUAUGCUUCCACACAGUUUUAUAUCACUGACCAGAUUCCGUUUGCUGUCACUGUCACACAAGUGAAUGAUAAAGAUGAAGGGGACCAGACAUUUAUCCAAAACCGUGCCAUUGCCUUUGCCAUUGCUGUCCAUGACCCCAGUUCCUUCCUGGCCGACUCUGACAUCACCUUUAACUGGGAUUUUGGGGACAGCAGUGGCACUGUGAUUUCAAGAGAACUCACUGUCACCCACACGUACACCAAGACUGGCUUCUUUAAACCCCACGUUGUCGUCCAGGCUGCCAUUCCAACACCAUCCUGUUCCACUCCCCCAAUUACAUCUCCAGUCACUAACCCCACUGCUGAUGCCUUUAUCUCUGAGGAGCACGCAGGGCCUGUUCAGCUUAUCUCAACUGAAAGUGCAUCUAAAGACACUGCAAAUUCGAUGGAAUGUUCCGGUUCAUCCAGUGCUGACAAAAAAACAGCUCCCCAGCUGUACACAAAUGGAGUGAUGGACAACCAAGAUACUAUUGUAAUGAAAACGUAUCAGCCACCAAAUUCUGAGCAGGACUGUGUGGUCUACCGCUACGGCUCCUUCUCCACACGGAUCACAGUUGUUGAGGGCAUUGAGGAUGUGCAGAUUGUCCAUGCGGCCGGUGCUUUUCUUGAACAAAACACUGUGGAUUUCACCAUUUCCUGCCAGGGCAGUUUGCCUACAGACAUAUGCACUGUGAUAUCCGACUGCCUUUCUCCAGGCAAGACCAUCUGCACUGCUGUAAGCGCUUUACCAGAGUGUCAGCUCGUUCUCCGACAGGUGUUCAAUGACUCUGGCAUCUUUUGUAUUAACGUGUCAAUGAGUAACGACGUCAGCCUUGCAGUCACUAGUACCAGAGUAAAUGUAAUCAUCGGUUCCAGGCUCAUCAUUACAGGAAUCGUGGCUAUGGUGCUGGGUAUCCUGACUGUUGCAUUAGCAAUAGGGACCUUUGCUUACAAGCGUCUAAAGCUCUACCAGCCUCUGUCUGAGAUCUCUGCAACUGGAAUGACAUGUUCGAUGCCUUCUCACCUCUGGAGCUUAAUAAAGCAACAGGGAGCACCGAAACAUUCAGUCGUUCUUCACAGGGCCGGGUGAACAAGCAUCUACAGCAACAGCAGAUACAGUUCAACCACUGAGCAAAUUCCAAUUCUACAGACCUUUUUCUUUUUUUUGUAGGUGUGUUUGAUUUUGCUUUUCAC